AUGGCCGAGCCACCAUCAUCGCCGCCGAGUGAGGCGACCAGCGCCGAGGACGCCUUGGCCUGGUACAAGGCCCAGUACGAGGUGCUUGAGGGGGAGCUGGCUGAGUUCAGAGAAUCCAGCAAGGAAUUGGAGCAAGAGCUGGAGAAGGACAUCGACGCCGCCGAGAAGAGAGAGCGCGGCCUGCAGGAAAAGGCCGAGAGCCUCAAGUUCGAGGUCGAGGAAUGGAAGACAAAAUACAAACAGGCCAAAACAGAAGCAAACACGGCUCAAAACACACUCGAGAAGGAAAUCACCACUUUGCGCGAUACCAACAGGACAUUGCAGCUGAAGCUGCGCGAUAUCGAGGUCGCAAACGAUGACUUUGAGCGACAAGCGCGAAACACCACAUCGUCCCUCGAGGACCUCGAAUCCAAGUACAACGUUGCGAUCGAGCGUGCGGUCAUGAUGGAGGAGGAGAUCAAGCUGGGAGAACAGGAACGAGAGACCCUGCGCAUCGAAGCGCAACGACUCAGGGAGGAGCUUGCCGACCUCAAAAUCGAAGCCGAGCUGCUCCAAGACAAGAUCAAGAAGCAAGAAGCCCGCCAUCUAUCCGCCAUCUCUACCGACCUCUCCGUCAUGUCAUCACCGACCUUCGACAAGAACACCGAGCACUCUCCCAUCUCGACAGCAAGCUCUCCCAUGGUGUCAACGCCACCGGAUUCCGAGGCUCUUCCCGCCGCGAAGGCCGACCUCAUGGAGCCCCCUUCUCCCCCGAUGUCCGACGUUUCCGCCUCCGUACCGAAGAAGACCGUCACCAGAACACCCGCAUCGACCACGCGCAAAGUAUCCCGACUCCCGUCUGCCGACCACAGCGUCACACCAAAGCCCCGAUCUUUCACUGCGUCCAUCACCACCCGGCCUACUGGGGGUCGCGUUUCCGCCGCUGGCGCGAAUGCGACUACUCGCACCCCUGCUCCUCGCACGGCGCCCCGCUCAACUUCUCACCGCAUGCCCACCACAAACUCGCUCAGCCAUAUCCGGUCUCUCACGGCUCAAAUGCAGCGCCUGGAAGCCCGCGUUCACAACGCACGAUCGAAGCUUCCUGCGCCUGUCACCACGCCGCCUCGCGCCUCCCCCCGAUCCUCGGUCAACGGGGUCCACAGUGUGCCUUCGACGGUUACGAUCCGCUCUCGCAAGCGCCCAACGGGCUCCACCGCCUCCUCGGUGCGGGGCGACGACACAACACCCAGCAACUUCUCUGCCAGCACAACAUCCAAGCAUGUGCCCCGCCUCAGCACGUCAGGCGUCAGCAGAUUAUCGUUCGGGCCCCUACCCAACCGCAACCCAAACGCAGGUCUCGACUCUGAGUCAUCCAUCUCCCGGCCAAGUUCGCGAGCUAGCGUCUCGUCGUAUGCCCGGCCGUCAAGUCGUACCGACAUGGCUCCUCCUCGCCCUAUCAGCCGUACCAGCAUGUCCGGCGCCAGGACACCUCUGGGCCGCCCACGAAGCUCGCUGGGCGAGUCCCUGAGAAGCAGCGUCCGCGGACACGGCCGGUCAAUUAGUGUCAGCCACCGUAUGGAGAUGGACCACGCCGACGAGGACGGCGACUACCGUACGCCCAGCAGGAGGGGCACAUACUCUCGCCUGGAGGCGGAGAACGCCGUCAGCGGCAUCCCCAUGCCGACCAGCGCCAUCCCGAUGCCCAACAUCCGCCGUCAGAGCGGAGGUAGCGUCUCCGGAAGACGGAGCUCGAUGGGCCUGAGGAGUUCAAGAAUAGGACCCCAGGACUUGGUGGAGGAGGAGACGUACUGA